AGUGUAAUCAACAUGUACACGACUAAGCCGUUCUCCCUCUUCAAGAGCCACCCGGAGGCGGCGUCCAGGUCACCGCCGGAGGGCGGGAACUCCGGCUACCUCGUCGUGAAGGGCGCUGAAGAGGAGGAGGAGGAGGACAGCCGCACGUGCUGCUGGGGCAUCUGCCGUGACACGCGCGUGUUGGAGCUCCCCUUCCCUCAGAACCGCGUGCUGACGGUGCGGUACACGAAGAGCGAUGGCGAGGGCAGCACCACCUACGAAGUCUUCUUCUUCUUCUUCUUCUUUUUUGAAAGGAGGCAGAGGAUUGCCUCAUAUAAUAAAAAAGCAGGAGUAAGUACAAAAAUAAAAAACAGUCUUAGAGAGAGAGGUUCCAAAAACAGAUUGGAUAAGGCAGACUCAAUCCUAAAAACAGAACUCUACAUCGCCCAAGCAAAUGACACACAAAUCAGUUUAGUUAGCAUGUACGCAACAAAGGCGCUCUCCCUGUUCAGGAGCCAGCCGGAGGCGGCGUCACGGCCGCCGCCGGAGGGCCGGAACUCCGGCUACCUCGUGGUGAAGGGCCCUGAAGACCACGGCGACGAGACGUGCUGCUGGGGCACGUGCGGCGGGACGCGCGUGUGGGAGCUCCCGUUCCCGCAGAACCACUUGCUCACGGUGCAGUACACGCAGCAGCAAGGCCAGAGCAGCACCACCUACGAAGAGGUCGUCUUGUGCGUGCCCGUCCCCGACCAGCCGCUCGCGUCCAACCGCUACUACGUGGUCAUCGCCAAGGGCAAGCGCAAGGGGCUCGUCAGGGCGUGCUCCCGAGAGGAGGACAUGGCCACGUGCUGCUUCUGCCGGUGCAUCAAGGACGUGAAGCCCCGGCCGUUCGACCCAGUUGACAUCUACCAGCAGAUCGAGAUAGUCCAGCGCAGGCGGGGGUCCUUCACGGCGAGGGCCGUAGCCGCCGACGGCUUCCCGCCCUCCCUCUACCGCAAUAAGUACUGGCGCGUGUACGCGUCCAAGUCCAAAAACUACGACCUCGGCGAGGCGGCGCGGGGCCUCGACGCCGCGCUCCGAUCGCGCCAGCUAUCUGACGCCAACCUCGUCGACGCGCUCCCGGCGCCGGCCAACUUGGCCGUCGGGAAAUGGUACUGCCCAUUCUACCUCAUCAAAGAAGACGGCGUCGCGCCAGCAGAGCAGAUGGACCGCAGCGCGUUCUACGAGGUGGCGCUCGAGCAGCGCUGGGAGCUGGUGCACGAGCACCGCGGCGGCUCGAAGCUGGCCAGCAAGAAAGCAUUCAUCGGCGGGAGCGUGGAAGCGAGGCAGGAGGCGGGGAGCUCGCGACACGGCGAUGCGUACGCAUGGUUCAGGGCGACGGCGACGGGGCAGAGGAUCGGGGUGUGCACGAGCGUGUGGGAGAGGAUGCGGUGGGAGGAGUACAGAGGUGGGUGGGUCGACGAGGAGGAGGACGCCGGGAAGGUGGCCGGCGGAUCCGUGCUGGUGGAGAGAUUCGUGGUGAAGAGGAUGGAUGGCAGCGUGGCCGUGGCCUUUGACUUUGUGCAUCUCAACAAGAUCAGAGCAAAGGAGUUGUGAAUUCAGCCUUACUUUUGCUUGCACGCGCAUGUUUGUGUGUGUGUGAGAGAGAGAGAGGAGAUGGUAAAUUAUGUAGGUGUCUGUGAGAUAAUGGUAAUGGUGUUAUUAAGGCUUCUUGCUUAAUUAGGCUGUUCAUCGCCUUGCAUCUAUAUCCAGGGUUCAUCGUUUAAGGUUUUUGUGUAAAUCAAGUUUUGUGUACUUUUGUUAUUGUGUGCCAUAUAAAAUUAAAUAUUUGCUGUA